GCCACCUGCUGUUGACGAGACAAACUACAGCUUGAAGUUACCGCUGGACCACGUUGACCUGUGGAUGACCUCGCCAAAAUGGACAAAAAACCAACAAAAAAAAACCACACAGUCCAUUAACUUUACUUUGAAUAGGGUUGAAUAUUUAUGUUAAAACGGAGUGUUUUAAUUUCUUUGCCGUGGGAGUGGAUUUACAGAGAGCUUUGAGACGUGGAUGGGGAAAUGUGGUGCUACCAGAAACCAGGAUUUGAAGCCCUCCUCCUCGCUGAGCUGCAGAAACAGCAACAGUGCAGCCAGUUCUGUGACACUCUGCUCAAGGCAGACGGUGUUUCAGUGCCCGCACACAGUUGUGUUCUCUCCGCCAUCAGCCCCUAUGUCUCCUCCGCCCUGACCUCUUCGCCAGCGCCCCCUGCAGGACAGAGCCGUCUCCUGGAGUUCCAGGCUCUUGGGGCCUGCACCUUGCUCCACAUGGUCAGACUGCUGUACUCCGGAGAGAUGGCGGGGGAAGGGGAGAAGGAGAAACAAGAGGCUGUUUCAGCUGCAGCCAAACUGGGCAUCCAUGGACUGGUGGAGGUCACGAAAAGCGAUCGUAAAAGCAGAAACGAGGAGGGGGGUGGCCAGUGCACAGAGGUGGGAGUUCAGACAGAGCCACUGAUGCUUGAGGAGAAUGAGGACAGAUGGGGGAGCAGGUGGAGGAGAGAGGUGAGGGAUGGGAGCACUUUUCUGUGGAGGGAGACGCUGUCAGGUGGGGAGAAAGACAUGAGGACUCAGACAAAGGAGCUCCAGGUAAACAGAGCUCCCCCUACUCACUCAGCAGCUUCCUGUGAGACCACUGAUAUGGCUGCACUCCAGGGUUUAGCACAGACGCAUUCCCAUCUUGUUCCCUCUCAAAUUCCCUACGUUCCCAUUUCCCUCGUCUACCCACCAGAGGAAAACCAAACACCCCAACAUUCCUCUGCUCCUGCAGCCUCUAUUCAAAUUGGACACACAUCUGUUGCUGUUGUGGCACCGCCGUACACCUCAGUUCCCAUGUCUCUCCUGCCUUUUUCCAAUCAAACGACCCUGUGUGCCGCUGAUCCUCAGAGCUGGUGGACUGGUCCUCAGGGAGCAGCUGGAGAUAACACAGAGGGUGAAGAGUGGGAGGACGAGCGGCUCGAACAGUUCCAAGGCAACAUCCCAGGAUUCAUCAACUACUUCCUGAACCCGAACAAAGAGAAUGGCCCCUGCAGGGGCCGACCAGGACAGAGACAUGGGGCAGGGGUGGGAGGUGCAAGGAGAGCCGGGUCGGGAGAGAGACGAGCCAGGAGACCAAGAGCAAGAACAGGAGGGAGGGGGAGAGGGGGAUUAACGCAGACGGUGGACGUGCAGGAUGUUGGGGUGAGCAGGCUGCAGAAGGUGUUCCUGCAGAGGUGGGGGAUGAGGACGUCCAGGACGGGUCAGGGCGGAGGAGCUGCGGGCAGGAAGCUGUACCUGAAGACGAGAGAGCUUCUGACGCCGGCCAAGAGCCAGAGGGUGAGAAGGCGCGGCAAAGUGUGGGAGAUCAGCCAGAGUGGAGACCUGCUACUACACAAUGAGGGAGGAGGAGGAGGAGGAGGAGGAGGAGGUAACACACAGCGUGGAAGGAGGAGCACAACGCAGCAGAGUAAACAGGACAGUCUACCGGCUGGCUGGGCUCAGAGCACGAGGGCGAAAACAUCAACAUCAGUUUCCUUUUCUUCCACUCCCAUGCAAUUCUACAACGUUCAUACCUUAUCCUCCUCCUCCCUCCAGCCUUCUCCAUCUCCCAUCCUGCUGUCACCUGCAGCGUCGUCCCUCCUCCACACCACCUCCCUCCCUCCUCCGGCACCACCACCUCACGAGGACCAGCCCGAGCACAUCGAUCGCCUUCUGGAGGAAGUGAUGAUGGGACUCGACAUUUUACCAAACAACAACAACAGUCAGCCUCCUCUUCCAGCCAGUAGCAGCAGUUGUACCAAUGCCUCCCCUGGGAAUAAUUUGGCCAAAAGCAAACAACAAGGCUGCACCACUGGGCCUCAGGAAGCAGCUCCAGGUUUUCAUGGGUCUACUCAGGUUGUUGCUGUAGCAAGAGGAACCGGCGGUUCCACUUCUGAAAACGGUGAGACACCGGUUCUGCAGCAGCAAGGAGAGGGAGAGCUGAAUGUGAUGCUGGACCACUUCCUCCAGUCGUUUGAGCAACACGUUGACAACUGUAGUGCCAGGGAUGAGGAAGAGGUGGAUGGUGACAGCUCCACGGAGGCCAGCAAGCUUUACACUGUCCUGAACAAACACAGGAAACCCACGACCCGGACCAAAACCCCUCAUGUCCAGAAUACACACAUACAAUGUCCAGUCAUACACUCUCAAACAGCUGAAUUGCAGCAGAGUGAUAAAGCUGAAACACCAGCAAGUCGCUCAAACCCACAAAAGGCCUCAGCUCGCAGCUCACAAAAUGCAGAGGGAGCACCAGAGACAGUCGGUGAACAAGCCAAACGACAGAAAAGGAGGAGGAAAAAACAAUAUCUGCUCUCUUUAGAGAGGAAGAAGGUGUGGGUGAAGAAGCCAGUGUCAACGAGUGACCCAAAGUCCAAAAUCCUUCAGGACCAAGGAGACAAACAGCUCCAGUGGAGGCCUGUGGUGGAACUGGAGAGGAGUGGACCGCUGCCAGUCAGAGUUACACUGCAGGAACACAGCUCUCAGAGUCUGGAAGUCAAGAAUCCUGUAAAAGCGAAGUGCAGUUCAUCAUCAGUGAAACACUCUUUCUGGCAGUUUGUCUGAAAAGAGUCAGCUGGUGUUGUGUGGCAGAAAGAUCUACCCGAUCAGGAGUAGGUUCAAAGAAGCAAAUAUCAUGGACAGUAUGCCCUUUCUUAAGGAGCCAUUUGUCAGGAAACAACCAGACACAGCAGGUCAACCAAAUCGUGGUCGAGGCAGGU